AUGGCCAGAUUCUUCACUCAUGUCCUGAGCGUCUGUGGCUCUAGUGCCCUCUUCCAGUCUCCACUGGCUUCUAAUACUAGUGAUGCGGCUGGGGGAGUAGCGCAGGAUUCUCCUGGAGUUCCCUUAUCUGAUUAUUGGUUCAAACUAUGGAAAAUGCGACUUGAUCAUGACAAAUCCAAACAUAUAAGAUUUACUCUUCGAAAAAACACUUGCCCUCCAGUUUAUAUUGAAAACAAUCAAAUUCCUCAAACGGACACAGAUCCUGCGAACCUUCGUCCGGAACUCGUACCUGUUCCACCUGAACGAGAUCUUCUCGACCCUGAAGAACGAGUACACGGACUGGGAGCGGCCCAGCCAGAACCCGCUGUCGGUGAGGGACGCCACCCUGGAAGUCCUCUCUGACGGGCACACCGUGUCCCCCCUCAUCAGGUUGGGCCACCUUCACUCGGCGGCAGGUGGAAGGACCUACUUCUUGCACUUCCAGCACCUCUCCUCCGAGGGCGACUACCCCCAGGAGGCACCAGUUUAGUUCAGGCUGAGCCCGGAAGCUGAACCCCUAUCGUACUUCCGGUAGGAUGGGCUCACAUCUCUUCUGCUUCGAAACUCGUCCAUUGAAAAGAAACUUCUGCAUAGAUAGCAACCUCCAUCACUUUUUUUUCUAUUUUUUUUUUAAAUUAUUCGGUGUGGAAUAUCCAGAGAAACAAUUGUAAAAAAAAAAUAAGGAAAAAGCUUUGAACUUUUACCUAACCGCGAAGGGUAAAAAAAAUAAAAUAUUGUACUGCUCUGAUUUUUCUCUAUAUAAUCCUAAAUGUUGCUAUGUAAUUUUAAGGAGCAUCAUUCCUAAAAAUAAAUUAGUAAUAAAUAAUACUAUUUUCCUCUAUGGCAAUCAAAAGAUAUUAAAAAUCUCGC